GGAGGUGGAGGGUGGGCUUUGUGCAGAGGCCAUUCCCUCGCUCUCUAUACUGGAGUAGAUAGCAGCAGGAGGAAGAUAACAUCUCCUCAAAAAUAGAUAUAGCUUCUUCCUCUUUGGUUCUCUUCGUUCUUUUCUUUCUUCUUCGAUCUAAACACGCCUUCGAUCCAUCCUAGUAUCCUUGCUGUUUUUUCUUCCCCAAGGAUUUUGCUAGCUCUCCUGUUGCAGAUUUCCUCUCAAACUAAUACGAGUUCUCUCAGCUCCUAACCACCUGAAUUCUUUUUAGGGAGCGCUUCCUUUUCCAUUCAGCAAUCAAUAUCGAAAACCUGUCUUUCUUGAGCAAAACAGCGCAAAUACUACCUAAUCAAGAAGCUUUUGUUCUAUAGAUCGACAAAAGCAAGAUGGAAAACGUUCUCCUGGAUCGAUCAUCUAGAAGCCUUGAGUUCCCGAAGCGAUCCCUAAUUGGUCGCGGCCGGCGGGGGCCAGCUGGCGCGAGGACGGCGGUGCCGCCGUUCGGCUCGUACAGCUCGUUCACGACGUGGCAAUCACACAACCACCUGCACAAAGGUGGCGCAUGGGCCUCCGCUCCCGCGCUUCCAUACGCGAGGCCUCCGGUGAUAUACUCGUCGCCGUCUCUUCCUCUCCUGCCGUCCCACCAACCGCCGCUCCUGCCGCUCCCACCGACCGCUGCAAAGUACGCCACUUUCCCCGCCCUACCAGCAGCUCCGCCCCCGCCGGCGUCGGCGCCACGCGCCGGCAGGGCAGCAGCGGGAAGCACCACAGUAUCAGUUUCGGCAGCAGUGCCGCCUGCAGCCCCUGCGCCGCCGCGCCAGAGGGACAGGAGGAGGAGGCCGGCAAGGCCGCCUCCGCCGACGAUGGAGAGGUCCGCAGCGCAGAAGAAGAAGCCGCUGGAGCGCGCGACGCCUCUGCCGCCCGCGCCAGUGGUGACGGAGGCACUGGACGACCUCGAGCAGGAGGUGGCCAGGGACUUCGUUCAGGACCUGCUGCACGUGCUGGCGCCGCCGCCAAGCAGCCUGCCGCUGCCCAGCUUCUCCCUCGUCGUGAAAGCGUCCUCCCCUACCAAGGACACCAGAGUGGUGAUGCCGGCCGCGCCGUCCUGCAACGUGGAGGCCGCCACCGCCGAUGGCAUCCGCGGCCUCCUCCGUCUGUAGGACAGCAGGGAGAAGGCCCAUCUGCCAGUCUGUCGUGCUUGGUAUUCCAUAAUAUUUCCCCGCCAAUAUUAUUUUUUUGGUUGGGAAAAUUAAAUGCGUAGAAAAAUAUUGCAAGAAAAGAUGUGAUGCUUGAGCUCUGGUCGGUCGAGUUGUCCGCAGCGUGACUGUGAUGUUGGCGUUGGAUGGAUGCUACCUCUGGCGGUGCAAAAGCGAGAGGAAGACGACGAUGUCAGCUAAGGUUAGUUUGUGCGAGACGUCGGUGUGGUAGAUAUCUAGGGUUUUACGUUAGUGUCUACUGCCGUACUCCACUAGUACUGCUUUUUCUUGAUUGGGUGAUGGGUUUUUUGAAUUACCUUGUAUCAAGAUCACUGCAUAUAUACGAUGUAAUGUAUGCAAGUGCGUGUGACUUUACAUAUAUAUUAUAUAUUUGAAAC